CAUUGAUCAUUGAGUGACAGAAUAAAAGACUCAAUCGUUCACAUUUUUCCCAAUUUGAUAGCCUACCGAUACAUUAAUUGAUAUAUUUUAUUGUUGCUAUCAAAUUAAGUUCUUAAAUAGGUUAAAGGUCCAUUCAUUAAACUAAUCAACACAGUGCUUUUUCUUAAAAUAUAGUAAGGAAACUAUCCUGUCACUUCGCUUCAUAACAAUAACCUUUCGUCAUUGUGGAUAGGCUAAUUACGUAUAAUUAGUACACGAAAAUAUAAUAACAGCCACAGUGAGCACGAUGGCAAAGGAGGAAGACGACGACAAUUUGCCGGACAAGGAUGCGGCGAAAGAAUUCUACGCGAGAUAUGAACCGAAGGAAAUAAUAGGCAGAGGCAUAAGUUCAACAGUACGAAGAUGUAUAGAGAAGGAAACUGGAAAAGAGUAUGCGGCCAAGAUUAUAGACCUCAGUCAGGAAUCCCAAGAUGGAGUGGAUACACAUACUAUGAGGGAUGCAACGCGGCAGGAGAUCCACAUACUGCGGAUGGUUGCCGGCCACCCUUAUAUUAUUGAGCUGCAGGAUGUAUUCGAGUCGGAAACAUUUAUAUUCUUAGUGUUUGAGCUGUGCAAGAAUGGAGAGCUCUUUGACUAUCUCACCUCUGUUGUCACUUUAUCGGAGAAGAAGACUAGGUAUAUUAUGAGACAAGUCCUCGAGGGAGUUCGGCACGUGCAUAGUAAGUGCAUUGUGCACCGAGAUCUGAAGCCCGAGAACAUUCUACUAGAUGACCAGCUCAACGUCAAGAUCACCGACUUCGGUUUCGCAAAGGUGCUCAAAGAUGGAGAAAAAUUAUUCGAGCUGUGUGGUACUCCGGGCUACUUGGCUCCCGAAACCCUUAAAGCCAACAUGUUCGAUGACGCACCUGGUUAUGGCAAGGAAGUUGACAUAUGGGCGUGUGGCGUCAUCAUGUUUACUUUAUUAGUCGGUUGUCCUCCAUUCUGGCAUCGGAAGCAGAUGGUGAUGCUGCGGAAUAUCAUGGAGGGGAAGUAUUCCUUCACCAGCCCGGAGUGGGCGGAUAUUUCAGAUGACCCAAAGGAUUUAAUUAGGCGACUCCUAGUGGUGGAGCCGAGCGAAAGACUUGGCAUCAUCGACGCCCUCAACCAUCCCUUCUUCAACACGAUGUUAUGGGAUCAAGACAUGAUGCCGCUCAAGAAAUCCUUGUCCAGUACCAGCCGUCGGAUGUCUAGGAUCGACCAGUUGGCUAUGGCUAUAAAGAGCGGCGGGUUCAACGCGCGCGGCAAGUUGCGCGUGGCGCUGGUAGCGGUGCGCGCGGCCGUGCGCCUGCGUCGUCUGCCGCACGCCGCCGCGCGCGCACUGCCACUCGCCGACGCGCUACGUGACCCCUAUACUAUGCGCGUUCUCAGAAAGGUCAUCGACGGAUGCGCUUUCCGCGUUUACGGGCAUUGGGUGAAGAAGGGCGAGGGACAGAAUCGUGCCGCCCUCUUCGAGAACACGCCUAAGACGGAGCUGAAGAGCUUGUACGUCAGCAACCUCAGCCGAUAGCCACAUGCCCGUUAUGUCGGGAGACAUCCUUGCCGCUGCUGCGAUCCUGGUACAUUGGAGCAGUUCAAGUACCAGGGUUGCAGAAUAAUCGAAGAAGUGAUCUUCGGCCAACUAAUCAAGUCCGAAGUGUGAACGAGUGAUGUAGGUUAGUCGUAGUUACUGCGAGUAGUGUCAUGCUACCUUGGUACACUAGUUCAAUUGUCUACCUGUAUUAUUGAAUGCCUGCAGUUGACUAAACAACCGCAGUCAACAUCAAAUAGUGUAAAUUACAUUUCUAAAUUAGUACAAGAAUGAAAGGUAAGCAAUAAGAAUUGCUGUGAUCACGAAUUAUUAUCUAUCUUGUGUUAGUUGUUAAUUGUUUUUCUCACUAUUUUAAGGUCCACAUUAGAGAUAAUUUAGUAUUAUUCGAGUCCUGUAUAAAUAUUGUAUUGAUCAAAUUAGUUUAACAGAUUUUUUAUUAACAAUAGUGGGUAUGUGUGAUGAAGAACAUAACAAAUAUUGAUAGUUGCGAUACUAGUGCGUACAAAAAAAAUAGCUGUAUAGUAUAGUUCACAUGAAAUCGCCAACCCGCAUUGAGCAAGCGUGGUGAUUAACGCUCUAACCUUCUCCGUCUGAGAAGAGGCUUUGCUCAGUAGUGGGCAUUUAUAGGCUGUUGAUGAUGAUAGUCCACAUGUAGCUACAGACGUGAAAAAUAAAAGAUAUCACAAUAAGGUGCCUUCUCAGUUCGUGGUGCGAGAAUUUAUAUCAUUUUACAAUAGUUAUAUUUAAUUUGAAAAAUGUUUGGUGUGUAAACUAAGGAAAUGUUUCGCAAGAGUUUUUGUUGCAAAUAUUUCGAUUGCAAAUGCAAUAAUUAAUAAGAAUUGGAAAGAAUCAGACGAAAUGUUUGAUUAAAAAUAAAAAUAAGUGUGUUUGACUAGAAUAGUGGAAAUAUUUUGUUAAAACGUUUUACGAAGGGAUUUAUUGAGAUUUCGUAUUUAUUAUAAAUAAGUAAAUAUGUGAUUUUAUCCUCUCAGAUAUCAUACAUCGCUUUGUACAGUUGCUUCUACUUCUUAUAGCCAAGUAAUUUAGCCGAAACAACGAUCCGAAAAAAUCACUGCUUCACUAUAGUUGUAAUAUUGCCGCGAGAAUUUAUAUCGACCACUGGAUAUAAAUCAAGAGUAUAAAGUGUACUGACUACAAACUAAACCCAUAUUAAAACUACUUAAUAUAAAUAUUAUUGUCUACUUAUUUUUAUUUAUUUUGUUAAGGGGACAAACGGCAAAACAAACACGUUUCGCAAUAUAACAACUUUGAAAAAACAAUUUGUUUAACUACAUCAAACUUAAUACUGAUUGUAAUCGCCUUUAGGAAAACUAUUGUAAUUAUAUGUCUUUUGUAUAUUUAUUUUAUUAUCAUAUUAUAUAACGUAUAAGCAAAGUCAGACAUAUUAAAAAUAUGUUAGUCAUGUUUUUAAGUUCCGACAAUACAACCUACCUACUAGUUACUAAUAUUUUUGUAUGAAAUCUCUAAAUCUAAUUAUAUUAGAUAUUAAAAUAUAUAUUUUUUGUACUGAUUGAAACAUUUCUUGCUCCUAUUUAGUUAGUGAAUAAAUAAAUAAAUGUAAAUACAGUUCUAACUUACUUUUUUCCUACUUAUGAGUAGUUUUCCUCAGUCAAAAACCAAUUAACUAUUUCGACAUUUUAAUACAAGAUAAUUUAAAAGACAAAGAUUGGACGAUAUUAUAUCGACAUAACUUUCGUAAAUAUAAUCUGGCUAUUAAAAAAAAAUAUAAAAGUGAUAUUUGACGUAAAAAAAUGACGUCACAACUCACUAUGUCAGAAGAAUUCAUAGAACAUUAUUUUCUUUUUUAACGGACUUCAAAAAGCCUAGAGGUUCUCAAUUGAACCGUAUAUAUGUUUUUUGACAUUUCGAAAUGUGUUAUUGUAUUUGACUAGUUGGAAAAUUGCCCUACUCAGAUUGUCUAUAGACCUAUUUAUUACUAAGUGUAAGCUUUACUGUAAAAAGCAUUCUAUAAAGUUAUUCAGCGAAGAAUAACGAAUUAAAGACAGCUUCUCGGUUAUCAAAACACAUGUUAUUAUCCUUUUUAGACAAAUAAAUUUAUUUAAAACCUA